CUGGAAUGCCUCUGCCCGGCUUCACUCUUCCGCGCAGCCCCGACGCCAGGGGGCGCCCGCGGGCUCCCGGCGGGACCACGCGCCACGUGGCCCGGAAGCGUGCUGGACGCCGGCGUCGCGAGGCCCUGCGAGGUGGGCAGCAACCUGGACGCGCAGGGCAGCGCAAGCCGCUGAGGGAGGCCGGGCCCGAGUUGGGGCCAGGCACUGCUGGCGCGGAGGUGCGGCUCUGCCCCUUCCUCGGACGCAGCAUGUGGCCCUGGACCCCCCGGCGGCGGUGGGGCGCGGGCGAAGAGCCCGAGGAACAAGGCCCCUCAGCCGCCCGCGACCCCGGCCAGGCCUGGGACUCUGGAGAGGAAGCCCCGGGGGAGCCAGGAACACCCCUACCGGACAGCCCUCAGCCCUGGUCCCGAAGACCUUCCUGGACCCGGGAAGAGCAGCCGCUGCCUCGGGCGCCCCCAGGCCUGGCUGCUGAGCAGUGCCCGGGAGCCCCAGUUCCCCUCUCCCCCCAGAUGACCUGGGAGGUGGCCCCAUCGCCCUGGGACGCCAACUGUGAGGCUAAAGCAGGACCUCGGCUGGUGUGGGGGCCCAGCAAUGGGUCGGGCACCUCCUUUUCAGGCCGGACCUUGUGCCAUCCCUCAUUCUGGCCUCUGUAUGAGGCAGCCUCAGGCAGAGGCCUCAGGCCCAGUCUAGCAGGACAUCAGAGUGGAGAGCAGGCACCCAGGGAUGCAGGGUUCCCGGUGAUGUGCUGUGAAGAUGUCUUUCUUUCCGACCCUCUGCUGCGCUGUGGGCAGCGUGUUCCCCUGUAUCUGUCUCAGGCCCCUCAGCAGGUGAUGGGCUCUCUAAAGCUGCUGCUCCCACCCCCGAUCACGUCCCCCUGGGUUCUCCCCAACCCCUCCUCUGGCUGCUCCACCGCCUGGCUCAGUGGGCCUGAGCUGAUUGCCCUCACUGGCCUCCUGCAGAUGAGUCAGGGGGAGCCAAGACCCAGCCCCCUGGGGGCUCCCGUGCCCCCUGCUGGCCCCCAAGACCCUGCCUCUGACCACCCAGGUGCCAGUGGUGGCCAGAGCUGUUCUCCCUGCACAGACCCAUCUCUCCCGCAGACCCCAGACACCCAAGGUCCAUAGCUCCUUUGGGGGCAGAGUGGGCCCCCUACUUUCCCAUGCAGGUUCUGUUGACAAUAAAACUGUUGGUUUGCAAACAGGCUCCUUGUGGCAGAUAGCAGAGUGGGGCGUGGAGGUAGGGAUGGGGUCUCUUCCUCCACCAUGGCUUUGGCUGCCCUCCCCUCAAAUUCUUGUUACUCAUUC